AGAAGCAGAGAUCACACCAGUCAAAGGUAUAAUUACUACUUGGAUAACUACGACGGGUGGUGUACUUCUUGAUUGUAUGCUGUUGCAGACUAGAUUGCACCAAUGUGGAUCCAAAAUGAAAUAAACUUAUUAUGCCACCCUCUCUUCGGGCUGGUUGAGACAGUAAGGUCCAAGCUCUGAAAAGUGGUUAUUGACACUACUGUUGGGUAUUCUAGGCGAGGAGGCCAUGUGAUUAUGCCGACAGCCCAGCAUGAAUCUGGUGGACCUGUGGUUAAUUCGUUCCCUCUCCAUGUGUCUGCUGUUACAGAGUUUUGUCCUCAUGAUACUGUGCUUUCAUUCUGCCAGUAUGUGCCCAAAGGGUUGUCUGUGUUCCCACGCUGGUGGAUUAAAUGUCAGCUGUAGCAAUGCGAACCUCAAAGAGAUUCCCAAGGAUCUCCCACCUGACACUUCUCUCCUCUACCUGGACUCCAACCAGAUAACCUCCAUCCCCAAUGAAAUCUUCAAGGACCUGCACCAGCUCAAGGUGCUUAACUUGUCCAAAAACAUCAUUGGGUUUGUGGACGAGCGCGCUUUCAAAGGCGUGGCAGGAACCUUGCAGACGCUCGACCUUUCUGACAAUCAGAUUAAAACAGUGCAUAAGAAUGCUUUCAGCAACCUGAAGGCAAAAGCCCAGAUCGGCAACAAUCCAUGGCAUUGUGACUGCACCCUUCAGCAGGUUUUGAAAAGCAUGGUGUCCAACCACGAGCCCGCCAACAGUGUCAUCUGCAAGACCUCUGUACUUGAGGAGCAUGCUGGGAGACCAUUUCUAAAAGCUGAUGCCGACCUCUGCAAUCUGCCGAAAAAGACUACAGAUUACGCCAUGUUGGUUACCAUGUUUGGCUGGUUCACCAUGGUGAUUUCUUAUGUGGUGUAUUAUGUACGACAAAACCAGGAAGACACAAGGAGGCACCUUGAAUAUUUGAAGUCACUUCCAAGCAAGCAGAUAAAGCCAGAUGAAGCAGAUGAUAUAAGUACAGUUGUAUGACAUCAUGUAAACUAACAUGGUCGAAAGACUGAAAAUGUUUGAACAUAACCAAAUUUUACACCAUAUCCUAACUGUAGAGUGGCAUUUAUAAAAUAGAGAGAAUAAUUGCUGGAAAAAAUAAAUAAAGUGUAACAUUAAAGCAUCACGUGAUAACCAAAGUGAGAACAUAUUUAUAGUUGUUUCUUCCCCCUUUGGUUAUUCCAUGUGUAAAAUGUACAAACAAAUACUUUAAGGAAAUAGACUUCAGUAAAUGCUGCUACUGUAUUCUAAAACAAAAAGCAAAGGGAAUGCUGUUCAUCUUGGGUUACAAGCACUGUGAUUGAUUAAUUAGGGUUACUUUUAGAUCCUUCUGUUACUAACAUUAUAAAAUAUUUGAUCCAAGAGUAGAUUUUGGUCAGAGAUGGAGAGAGGACUACGAUAAGGACUAGGGUUUUAACACAUAUAGGUCCUUUAUUGUAAUACCGCUUGUCCACCACUUAGGAUGUUGCAAAGCAUAGCCAUGUGGAAAAAAUUAGUUAGGUGAAGCUAAGAGACUCAGGUUAAACCCCCAUGUUUGUAAAGGUUAGAUGUUGAUGUCAACUUUGAUGCUGACGUGAUAUUUGUUGUUGAACUUUGACUGCUGCCAGUUUCUGCUAGCGGGUUGUCUGAAAUGGGUGGUUGAUGGAUAAAUACAACAUCAGUGUCUGUGGCACGUUUGGUAAUAAUGAAGUCAGGUACAGAGAACCAUACUAUAUUAAUGGUUUAACUGAUUUCUUUCACAUUCCCCCUAUCAGCACCUGUUAAAGCUACCUUUUGUACAUGGGAAAUAACUUUAGUCAACAAAGUUUAUCAGAAUUACCAACACUUAUACAUUAUUUUAUCUCUAAAGCAAAAAUCACUUCAUUUUUGUUUGUGAAAGGCACAGAAAGACAGAACUGUUGCAUACCAUAACAUUUCUGUCACUCGUCAGUUAUAUAUUUAUGCCCCAAAAACGUAAUUAUGUGGAGUUAAGUGGGGAUUUUAUUUCCCUUGAACAAAAGUGGAGCACAUUUCACAGAGGAGGAAAAAGUUCUGAAUAAGAAACACAUUUGUUGUAUGUCAGAUGAUCAACUAGAUCUAGUUUGAGGAUUAAGUUGGAUGUAUAUCGUAGAAAUAAGUGUGUAGUGCAUAGCUUGGUAUGGCCAAAGUUAGUUGUAGAACAAAGAUCUAAAUCGUUAGAAAAAUAUGAAACACAAUGCUGCAGAAUGCAUUUUAUAAUAAAUACAUAGAAACACAAUGUUGGCAGUUUUCCAGACAUUGUAUUUAGAAAGCUAGGAAAACCGUCUUUUUAGAGUAAUGCAUUUUAAAAGCAAGCUUCUGAAGCAUUCCUGUAAGUAAAGUACAGUAAUAGAUAUAAUUGGUCUGCAUUUAUUUUAGGAAGUAGACUCGAAUGUAGAUUUAAACUGAAAGUGACCAGGCCUUACUAUCAUUUAAAACGUUAGGCUGAAAGCUGAUUACUAAGGAGACUUUUAUCAAAUGCAGUUAGUGUCAUGCUUUCUGUUUUUUCUUUCAUUAUUAUUUAUUAAUAACAAUCAUUGCUAAUAGCAGCUGUCAGACUGUUAGAGAUUAAUCCCUGUGCAUUUCAAAGAGCGGGACAUAUAUCAAGCAUUAAAAAAAUGGGUACAUUUCCUUAAUAAUAUCUUGCGUGUUCAAUGGCCUGUGAAUGUUCUCUAUAAUUCUCCACUGUCGAUUCUGCUUAGAUUGUUAUUUACCAUGCUUAUUCCAGCAAAAACAUCCUUUUUCAAUCUUUGAAUUUCUAGAUAGAAAAAUGCGCUAGGCUGUGCAGCUGUACUGAAUGAAUCUGGGAUUUUGUUUUUGAGAUUUUUCCAUUUAAUUCACAGUUGCCACAGUUUCAGAAAGGGCAGCUGAACACCUCAUUUUUAGUGGUUGAAAGCUAGUAAGACUGGUACUGUAGCUAGUCUAACUGCCUAAGCAGAAACAACAAGAGAAAUGGGGAACACACAUUAUAUGAUAUUAAACUCCUAAGAAAUUAAAUAUUAAAAUGUAGCUACUGUAAUAUAUAAUAUCCCUUUAAGGUCUCACAAACCCGUUUUGCCUAAAUGUAACCCACUGUUGAGAGUAUAUCCUGCUAUGCAUAGGGAGGAGACUGGCUUGAAAAGUAUUUGGGACAUUUUUAUUGCAUUUAAUGCUAAUGAAUAAACUACCCCAGGGAAAUUACAACCAGCACCAAUUUAAUAGCCCAAUUUUUAUUUAAUCUGUUUUACACAAUGCAAUUGUUUCCCACCAAAGGUAUUUCUCUACCAAUUCCAACAGGGCAUAAAGUAACUGUGCUGUUAGCCUAGUCCAUUGCUGUAAUUACUGUCUCAAUAAACCAAGGGUGAAUCAAGGGAUUAUGUGGAGGAAGGCUAGGUACGAAUGACUCUCUGGUGCUAAUUAGGCUCAGAGCCCAAGGCAAGAUGAUCAUCAAAAUGGAAGAGCCAUCAUUUGUAUAGAGUACCUCACUCUCCAUCUAGAUUAUUACAAUUGAGACACAUUUAGUUAAUUCAAUUACACACAACCAUCACACAAGCACCCAUCAUGCCUUUUGUAUAGAGGGUUUCUACUUGAUUUAAUUUAUUAUCAUUUUCUUACUGUAUGUGAAAAUGAGGAUAACACAAACCUGGCCUUCUGUUUAAACAAGCAAUCCAGUGGAUUUGUAUUGUUAUUAGAAUGAAUACUAUUUUAUUACUUAGUCAUUGAUGUAAUACACUAUUGGCGAGUCUGGUGCUUAGUCACAGUAUCACAAGUUCAAGCAGUACCUGUUUGUCUUCUGGAAAUUGUGCGCUUUGCGACUCUGCAUGGCAUGGACAACACCUCGCUUUUAUUUGCAAGGCCAACAAAGAAAUCCAGUCACUUGGAGGCUAACUACACAACACUUGUAAUUUGUCUGUAAUUACAUUAUAGACGGUUUGCAGUCUAAACAUAGGCAUUUAAAAUGGUACAAGCUGGCAAUGAGGUAAUGAAGUAGUCAAGGGUAUAUCAGCAUUAAAUCAGUUAUUGAUGCACUAUACUGUAUACAUACCCACUUUCUACCUAAUUUAGAUCAUAUUCAUUACAACAAAGGGUAAAACUGUAAAAUGGUAUACAUUAUAGUGAUAUACAUGACAGCUAUUAAAUGUCUGUUUACUUACUUUACAGCUGUAAUAUAUAGAGUGAUAAGGUGUGGGGAUCUAUGGUAUUGAGUAUUUAUUUAUCUAUAUAUGUAUGUGUGUAUUUUUUUCUCAGAGGGAGGAAGACUGAAAGACAAGCACAAUGUAGCACAGAACAAUUACUAGAUUUUAAGUGCCUGAAAUGUAUGUUGCCUGUCCCCUGAUUCAACAAUAGUAUUUGUUCUUUUUGCUUUAAUGUCAAAAAUAUAGUUAAUUAUACAGGGUUAUUUUAUGCAUUUUUCAUUCUUUCGUUCCCUUAGUGAUACAGAAACUUAUGUUUUUUUUCUAUUGUUAAAUUCAUAACUUACUGUGCACUAUAUCUUACAGUAUGAUAUAUUAAGCAUUUGACUAAAUGACUACAACGUUUUGGUAGUUGGUCAAAUGAUUAUAGACAUUUUGUAGUCAUUUGGCCAAAACCCUGAAAUUUGUACAACCUUGGUUAAAUACCAGACUUGACUGAAUGACUGCAACAGAUAUACAGUCGUAGACAAAAGUAUUGGCACCCUAUGCUAAUUAUACCAUAAUUCAAGGUAACUGAUUAAACUAAACGUUAACCACUUUUUAAUAAAUCAAAAAGCGAAAUACAAAAAGCAAAAUAACAUUUAAUUUAAAGUAUUUGUUCAUAACAAAAGUAUUGGCACUCUUGCUUUAGUAUUUUCUGUGUCUUCUUUUUUUUUCUACAUGUUUCAGACAUUUGUGAUAAUUCUUAACCAGUAUGUUACAUCUUGAUGGUGAAAUCUGGGCUCAUUCUGUUUUGCAUAUUUGCUUCAGCUUAGACAGAUUAGAUACACAAUGCUUGGCUACAGCUUUUUCCCGAUCAGUCCAAAGCAUUUCUAUUAGAUUGAGAUCUAGUGAUUAUGAAGGCCAUUCCAGAACUUUUAUCUUAGUUUUCUUCAAGAAUUCCAAAGUUGACUUAGUCGUAUGCUUUGGGUCUUUGUCGUGUUGGAAGAUUAACUGCCAAUCAGCCUACGAGCGGAUGGUAUCAUUGUACUUUGCAGAAUGUUUUGAUACAUGGCUGCAUUAAUUCUAUCUUCAAUCACAAGAAUGCCUCCAGUCCCUGAACUGCUAAAACACCCCAAUAUCAUGAUCGAACCACCUCCAUGUUUAAUUGUAGAUACAAGGUUUUCUUCAUUGAAGGCUUUCUCUUUUUUUCUUCAGACAUACUUGGUCCAUUUUUGGGGAGAAGUGCUACUAACACUGCUACUAACACUGCAACUAUCAGUGGCGUGCCGUGACAAAAUGGACUGGGGUAGCAGAGUCAU